CGCUACAUGUGCGAGGGGGGUGUGUUGCGGGUUGCUAACCGAUCCACUCUCCUCGUGGCAUGGUCGCAGCAUCGUUCCGAGUUUUUUGCUCUUUUCAGAGGUGAAACCAUGAAAGAGCUCCUUUCUGUUUCUUUCCAUUGAAUCCCUCGAAGCAUCGCAUCAAUGUUUCAGUCGAGUUUCUCCCCGACUACCGCACUCUCUGCCAUUUGCCUUCGAAGGGGGGCGGCCAUCCAGAAGCCGCUGUCUCCUCCUACCCAGCAAGACUCCUCGAGAAUCUCUAAGCGCUGUUAUAUGCAGACAUUCGUAUGCUGCGAAUCUAGCGUCAUUCUUUCCGGUCUCUCUCCUUUGAUUCGCUUCCAUCGUUUUGCUUCUCGCACCGUCUCAGUCGGUUUGCCCUUAAACAGCGUUGUCACUUCCAACCCUCUGCACAUUACCACGCCAUUGUCGGAACCAGCGAGACUUUUUGCGAUUUUUUCUCUCCCUUGCAAGUCUUUCUCCCUUCCCAUUGUCACCGUUCUCUGUAUUCUUUUUCGUUUUCCUUCAGUUUCGUGCUGUCCGUCUGUCCCGUCCCUCCGGAGCCAUUCUCGUCUCGUCGCCGAUCCCGCCUUGUCUUUUCCCUCUGACUUCCAGCACAGAAAGCCGUUUCAAUCACUGUGUCACGCGUCCCGAUUUUUGUCCGUCUUACGGCAUCGCUUGCUCCCCAUUCUACAAAUUUGUUCCUGAGCUUUUUGCAGCGAGUGACGUGCUGGGUCGAGUCCAUGCUCUACGGUUGUCGGUAAAAAGACCCCCGACUACCCAGCCGGUUCACUCCUUGUGUGAGGCGACUUUAUCACCGUAACGUUGCCCUGG